AGGGAGCCAGGCUAGGGGGUAAUGAGGUAAUAUAUGAGGACAUUGUUGUGUGAGGUCCACCAGAGGCGCCCCAGCUGUACGGGGACACACAUCCGCUCAUUCACACUCUGCGUCCAUUGUCUCGCUCCAGGAUAGUGCCGAUAAGUGAGCAGUACACCGGCUACCUCCUCCUCCUCCUCCAUGUGGGUAGAGUCGCUCCUGCUGGUGGCGCUGGUGGCGGGGGUUCGUGGUCAGGGUGAGCAGGUCUACUGCUUCACAGAUGACCCUGACCCCUACGUCGGGUUCUCCACCAAGACGGCUUACAAUUUGGCCAGAGGAGAGGUCACUCCCGAGGAAAUCGUUCCGGAAGGGUGUGAGCCACGGCAGAUAUGGCACCUGGUGAGGCACGGCACUCGUUACCCCUCUGACGAUGACACUGCAGCCUUCCUGCUGACCCUACCUGGCCUCCAGAUCGACAUUCUCCUCGCUCACCAGGAAGGUCAAGGAGAGCUGUGUGACGGGGACCUGACGCUGCUGACGGGCUGGUCGAUAGGAGCCCUCAAUAUGACCUGGUCGUCGCAGUUGGCGCCCGAGGGAUACCGGGAACUGGAAGCCAUAGCCACAAGGUACAAGGAAUCUCUCCCUCUCCUGCUCGACCAACCCUUCACCAACAGUUCCUUCAAGUUCCGCCACACAGCCACGCAGAGGACGGAGGCCAGCGCCCGUUCCUACGCCCUGGGGCUCUUCGGCGACGACAGUGCGUACAUACCAGAGGCCCUCGACCCCGACCCUCUCCUGAGGUUCUACGAUGUAUGUAGUGACUACCAGACGCAGGUGGAAGACAACCCGGACGCCACCCUGGAGACUCGUCUCUUCGAAGAAGGAGAGGAGAUGACCUCAGUCGUUUUCAACGUCUCCCGCCGUCUGGGAGUCCCUCUCGUAUUGGACGAGGUAUUGGUGCUAUACGACGCCUGCCGCUUCUACAAGGCCUGGGACCCUCCUUCUGCAGCAGCCUGGUGCGUGGUCUUCACACCCGACGACCUCAAGGUGCUGGAGUACUGGCAAGACCUUGAUUACUACUACACCAACGGCUACGGUCACGCUAUCAACUACGAGAUGGCCUGUCCUCCCGUGCAGGACCUCCUUCAGCACUUCAGUGCCGUGGUGGAGGGCCAAGAGGAACCCAGCGGGGUCUUCCACUUCAGCCACAGUGAGGCUUUACAACCGGUCAUGACCCGCCUGGGACUGUUCCAGGACUCGAAGCCCCUCACUCACGAUCAUGAGGAUCCUGACCGCCUCUGGCGCACCUCCAGACACGGCAGCUUCGCCACCAACGUGGCCUUCACCCUCUCCUCCUGCGGCGCUGACCAGUGGUGGGUGAGCGCGGCUGUGAGCGAGCAGGUGGUGUCUCUAGGUGGGUGUGCCAGCUCCCUUGGGUGUACGUGGGAUGAGUUCAUUGCCACCUACGGCCAGUUCCUGCAGUGUGACCUGGACGCCAUCUGCCACAACACCCUCACGGCAGAUUUGGCUAUUUCAACGUCGGUCAACUGAUAUCUGCCAGUGGUCCCAAGCCGGCGUGGGCAGCAGGCGUGGUGGGAUCCCUUUACUUUCUCACCACUUGGACACAAAGCACCUUUACUUAAACCACUUGAACGGACACACAAACCACCUGAGUGGCCAGGUAAAACACUUGGCGGCUACAGCAACCACCUGUAAAACCAAUCAACCACUUGACCGUCCACAUCAACCACCUGACCCGCCACAUCAACCAUUUGGCCGGCCAACCUCUCGUCACCUACUAUCACACUGGGCGCAUCAAUCUAAUGGACUUGCGAAGAGUGAGGACUGACUAACUCCUUCCUGGAGUUCCAUAGUGACGAAAGACAUAUUUUGUACCUUCUAACCCCGUAGAUAAUACACGAAAGGCCCUAGCAAAGUUCCAAAUCAGGUCACCCACAACAGUUUUGGUCGAGAAUCACUUGCUGAACUACUCCCCAAAUUACCCGACGUCAUCGUGGCGAGUUUGUCCUAAAACAGAGUCAAUGAGGCCUCCAUUGGCUCCUCCACAACAUAGAAUAAACAAAUGAACAAAUCCACAAGGGCCGUGACGAGGGUUCGAACCUAUGUCCGAGAGAAUCCCAGACGCUGCCUUAAUCGAACUUUCGCUUCUGUUAGAAUGUUGAGUAGUUAUCUGGUGACCGCAAAAGAUAAUGUACAAUUUGUUGAAUAAAAAGAUUAAACUAU